UCAAUUAUGGUCACACUGGUCGAAAGUGAAAACAAUUGUUGCUUGUAUUUACAAAUAUUCAGCUAAUUAAACCAACGCCUGAAAUAUGCAAUCGAAUAUUGAGAAUGUAUCACGGGACUAUGCAAAGAUACUGCAGAGCGCCGACCUGGAGAAGGAGAUAAAUCCACUGUGCACGAAUAUCGAGGAUAUGCUGGCCAGAUUGGAUGAAUUUGAGACUUUGUUGGCUUCGGUGCGUGCGGAAUCCAAUGGCAUGAUGGCCAACAACGUCUGCUCUAUACUAGGUUUCACAGACAGUUUCGAGCAACUGAAGGCCAGAAUCGAUGGUCUGGAGCAAUGUGUGGGUGUAGUUAGUGCCAAUUUGUCGGAAGUGGAAAGAUCUGUGGAUAUAGCCGAGGAGGAGCUGCAUGUCACAGACUACAGCCUCAAGGGACUUCUCCUGAAGCCGCUGAAGGCCAAGUUAAGUGCCAGCGAUACCAGCACACUCAGCUCCCUGCCACGAUCCAAUCUCGUCGAGGAGGAAUAUCAGCCUGUGGAGAUCUACAAAUCCGACGAUUACUUCGGAAAGUCGGAGGAGGAGAACUACGUAGCUAAAUGACUAAACAUAUAUGGAAUAAUUAGAUGAAACCUAGUUUUACUAAGCUUAAAAUAGAGAUGUUACUAGAAGUUAGAGGAUCUUUGCAGAUGUAAAAACAUAAAGGUAAUUUUAUUAACUUUCUAAAAGCAACUUCAUUUGCAUUUUGUUUUUAAAUUAGGCAUUUCUAAUGCAUUUUGAAUAUGCAAUAACUAUCAAAUUAAGACAAAGACAUCUAAAUUCAGCUUCGUAAUUACAUUUAAGCACCUACUUGUUAUAAUUGUCAUUAUAAUUAUAGCGAAAAAUUACAGAUAGAAUGGAAAAAACCGAGGCAAACAAUACGUUGUUUAUUGUUACAUUAAGUCUGGCUGUUUAUAUUUAUAUUACUGAUUACUUACAUUAGAGUAGUGAAUAAAAUAGCAGUUAGCUACGUGGAUGCCAUAAAUAUUUAGUGAAUAAUUAGCGAAGAGGUGCUUACG